AUGGCGUCGGUGGCGCUAAGCGAGGCGGAGAAGGUCUACAUCGUUCACGGAGUGCAGGUAGCGGUGGCGGCCGCGGCCGCGGGGAGGAGGCGCGGGGAGGCCACGUGGCCAAGACCGACGCCCAGAGGCUCAGAAGACCUUCGGGUGGAUGGCCGUGCCUGUGAGGACUACCGAUGCAUGGAAGUGGAGACUGACGUGGUAUCGAACACCAGUGGGUCUGCCAGAGUCAAGCUGAAUUUGAAGGGCGAGGAGGCGAUGACCUUGGCACGGAGAUCGCAAACACUCUCUAUCGGAUAUUUAACAACAAGAGGCAGUGUAGACCUGAGGUCCCUCUGCAUCAGCCCUCAGGAGCACUGCUGGGUUCUCUACGUGGACGUGCUGCUGCUGGAGUGUGGUGGGAAUCUGUUUGACGCCAUUUCCAUUGCUGUGAAGGCUGCUCUCUUCAACACAAGGAUACCAAGGGUUCGUGUUCUAGAGGAUGAAGAAGGAGCGAAGGACAUUGAACUGUCUGAUGAUCCUUAUGACUGCAUCCGACUGAGCGUAGAGAAUGUCCCCUGCAUUGUCACCCUGUGCAAGAUUGGCUGCCGGCAUGUGGUAGAUGCCACACUUCAAGAGGAGGCCUGUUCCUUGGCCAGCUUGCUGGUGUCGGUGACAAGCAAGGGAGUUGUGACGUGCAUGAGGAAAGUGGGGAAGGGAAGCCUGGACCCCGAGAGCAUCUUCGAGAUGAUGGAGAGCAGUAAGCGAGUGGGCAAGGUGCUGCACAUGUCUUUGCAGAGCCUUCUGCACAGCGAGGAAAGCCUGGGGCCCAAGAGGCCGAAAGUCGGGUUCCUGGGAUGACCGCUCAUCGCCGUGAUGGA